AUAUUUCUCUGUAUUUCGUCACUCUGCAGCGCGGGAGUCUGUGUUUUGUGUGUUGAUGUUGGACCCUGACUGUGCUUUAAUUAAGCCAUAAAUCUACAUUUAGUUUUUUUAUCUGGUGAAGGAAUAUUUUUGAAGACAACAUGCAGAGGAGCAUCGCAUCCUUCUUUCAGCCCAAGGGCAAAGAUGUUCAGAAGAAAACCUCAAAUGAAGCGGUGAAAAAACCUUCCAAAAGUCCUCUGAAGGCGCAGAACGGCGUCCAGGAAGCGGAUUCGCCCGUGAAGAAGGUUGUGAAACGCAGCCGUCAGAUCCUGGACAGCGACGACGAUGAAGAAGCUCCGGUUGUUAAAGAGCAAGCUGCUCCCAUCGGAGACAAAGAAGCUCCGGCUAAACCACAAAAGAAGGACGACGUCUUCAAGGCCGUUCCCACCCCCAUGUCUCCUCCACCUGCCCCGGCCACCUCUAAGACACCAGCCACCCCCACGACCCCUGUGACCCCUGUGACCCCGGCCAUGACCCCAAUGACCCCGGCUACUUCUACUUCACCUGGGACCCCCAGCACCCCGAACUCCAUCUCCCCUUCUGGGCUCGUUAAACGCACAACUGCGAGGAAGAUGUUCCCCAAGAGGAAGCUGGAUGAGAGCGGCAGUGAGAGCCCGAAAGACGAGUCGGAGGCCAAGGAGGAGCCGGGUCAGAAACACAAGCGACCCCGUGUGGAGAGCCCAGGGAACACCGAUGAACCAUGGAGGGAGGAAGCAAAGGAAGAACGAGUUGAAAAGGGGCGCUGACCGAGGCUACGAGCCCAGAUGAGGGAGGAAGGUGGAGAAGAAAGAGGAAGUAGAAAAAGGCCGUGGAGGAGAAGAAAAGAGGAAGUAGAAAAGGCCGUGGAGGAGGAGGAGGAGAAAGAAGGGAAAGCUGAGGCGGGCGGAAACGAAAAACUGAAGCAAAGGAGAAGAAGGGAUGAUGAAGAAAGUUUCCAAGAAGAAGAAGAAGAAGAAGAAGGAGAAGGUGGGUU